AUGUCCGCGACAUUCUCCUCCCUCGUCGAAGAGCGCUACCGCGACUCGCAAUCGUCCGCCUUCUCCCCCCCAAUUAACCCAUCUCAUCCUCUCCCCGGGGCCCUGGAAACGAUUCUCUCCCACAAGUCUUGCCGGGCCUUCCUCCGCGACAAGCCUCUUCCUAAGGGAACCCUGGAAACGCUCCUCACAGCCGCCCAAAGCAGCUCGACCUCAUCCCUCUUCCAAACAUGGGAUGUCAUCGCCAUCCAAGACCCCGAGCAUAAAGCCCAGGUUGCGGUGCUCGCAGGCGACCAGGAGUUUAUCCGCCAGGCCCCCUUGUUCCUUGCAUUCUGUCCGAAUUUGCGCCGUCUCAACAAUAUUGCCAAGCAGCAUGAUCAGCAGCCGGCUAGGGCGCUGGAGAACAUGGAUAUGUUUAUCAUGAGUGCCCUUGACGCGGCGAUCGCGGGGCAGACUGUUGCGAUUGCUGCUGAGUCGCUGGGUUUGGGGAUCUGCUACGUUGGUGCGCUUCGAAACAACGCAGAGCAGAUCUGUGAACUGCUGAAUCUGCCACCCUUGACUUUGGGUGUGUUUGGAAUGGCCAUUGGGUAUCCGGAUACGGAGAACUGGCUCUUCGGCAAUCAGAUCAAACCGCGCUUGCCGAUGCGGGAGAUUGUUCAUAUGGAGCGGUGGAGUGAGGAGGGACAGAAAGAGAAUAUUGCGUCUUAUGAUCAGUCGUUGGGAGCGUUUUAUGUGGAUGAGUCGAAGUUUGGACGGAAGUACUGGGGGGAGUUCGUGGCGGGCAAGGUUGCAUCGUAUGAGCAGGAUGGGAGGGAGAAAAUUCGGGGGGUUAUCGAGAGGCAGGGGUUUAAGCUUGAAUAG